AUGUCCGCCAAGAGGAGUAAGGUAAUACCCCCAGGAGAAAUGUCCUCCGAGGAGGAGGGGAGCACGGGCCCCGAAGACAACGGGGGAACUUUGGGUCUGCAAAAGGAAAUUGCAGACCUGAAGAGCGAGAAGGCAGCAAUGGAACAACAACUAGAGUGCCAGCAAUUGCUCAUCAAGCAAUUGCAAGUGCAAUUGGCAUCGUUGGAAGAGAAGGUCCGCGCUGGGACGGCAUCAGCGCAGCUUAAACCACGACAACAACUGGAGCAACGACAACAUCAACUACCGUCACAACAACAACACCAGCAACCGUCACAACAACAACACCAGCAACCGUCACAACAACAACACCAGCAACCGUCACAACAACAGCAAAACGAGCAACAUCAAGAAGCCAUUGAGAUGGACAUCGUGGGAUCCCCUGCAUCCUACCCUGAGGUCAUCAUCGACGAAGGAGACCCCUUCAACUUCGUCCGGAGACGCAACAAGGCGACGAAAAAUAAGCGCCGUAAACCCACCAACAAUAUCCAGCGUAUUAACGACGUUUCCGAGGAUGACGUAGGGCCGGAGUUACCCAUGCAAUCCGAUAACAAUGACUUCGAAAAACAGCACCAAAUGCCUACGGAGGCCAGCGCGUUCGAUGAAAUGCGAGCUAAGUACGAUGAUGUGCUUUGA